AUGGCGAGCACGCCGAGCAGGACCAGCAGCCGGUGCGACGCCUGCCGCGGCGACAUCGGCCUCCGCCAGGCCUCGUUCACGUCGGAGUGCGCCCACAACUUCCACCUCGGCUGCGUGUCCGGGGCCGCAGCCUGCCCGGUCUGCGCCGCGAAGUGGAGCGACACGCUGGUCGCGGUCCCUGCCGGGUCGCCGGCAUCCCCAUUCUCCUUCGCCUCGCCGUCGUUUGGACAGACGCCGUCGUCGAGGGGGAGGCCAUUCUCCAUGUUGGCCGGAAGGCCACCGGCGAAGCAGAAUCCCUUCUGGCUCGGCCAUGCGCCGCCAGCACCGCGGCCGUCGUCGUGCACCGUGUGCCAGGGCGCCAUCGGCCGCGGCCAGGCCACCGUCACGUCCGAGUGCAAGCACACGAUCCACCUCCGUUGCAUCUCGGGCAGCGUCUGCCCGGUCUGCAGCGCGCGGUGGCGUGACGAGGUGACCGUGACGCCGUCGCAGCCACGGCCGUUGUGGUUUCCUCUGCCUACCAACUUCAAUUCGCCGCCGUCCACGCCCAGUUCCUCCCCCGAACCACCGAUGCCUCGACCGCCGAUCAGCGCAUUCAAUGACGAUGAGCCGGUGGUGGAGCCGCCGCCUCUCGACGACGGCUGGGAAGUGGUCCAGGAAGCGACGAACAAUGGAGUCCUCGUCCUCACGACGCACUGCGAGCACCCGGCCGUCGCGAGAGACGCGGCCCAGGAAAACUUCGCGGUGCUGGUGCAAACCAAGGCCCCCGACGCGGCAGCCGAGGCGUCGGAGCUCGCGCCACUCGAUGUCGUCACCGUACUCGAUGUCAGCGACAGUAUGUCAGGCUCCAAGCUGGGCCUUCUGAAGCAGGCCAUGGGCUUCUUCAUCGACGACCUCGGCCCCGGCGACCGGCUCAGCAUCGUGACCUUCUCGUGUCGAGCUCGUCGCAUCAUCCGGCUCACACGCAUGACGGACGGUGGGAAGGCAUUGGCCAAGGACGUCGUGGAGUCCCUCACCGCCAACGGCAGCACCAACAUCGGAGAUGGCAUUCGCGUCGCCGCUGAGGUACUCGACGGCCGCCGGCACGGGAACGCCGUCUCGGGCGUCAUCCUUUUCUCCGACGGCCAGGACAACCAUACUCUGCGACAAGGCGGUGAUGGACCUUUCGGUGGCGCCAGGAGCUACGCCGACCUUGUGCCGCAGUCCUUGAGCGCGCGGAACCGGCAGCGCGCGCUCGUCGAAGGUUCACGCGUUCGGGUUCGGCACCGAGCACGACGCGGCGGCGAUGCACGCCAUCGCGGAGGUGGCGGGCGGCGCCUUCUCCUUCAUCCGGAACCAUCCGGUCGCUCCGAGAGCCGCGUCGACGCGGACCGCGCCGCAUCCGUGGACGUCGGCGAGCUGUACGCGGACGAGGAGAGGCGCUUCCUGCUGCUGCUGGAGGGCAUGGUGGAGUCGUCGAAGAAGAGAGACGUGAGCAGCAGCGGCCCUGGUAGAAGUUAA